AUGCAGAAGGUGGAUCGAGCAAAGCAUCCUAAUGUUUUGCCACCCGUCGCAUUUUAUUGCUCCAAGCAAGAGAAGCUCCUGGCGUAUGAAUACCAACCAAACGGGAGUCUCUUCAAUCUUCUCCAUGGUCUAUAUGAAGGUGGUGUUUGGAAGAUCUGGGUGAAACUUCCUGAUGCAUAUCCCUACAAGUCUCCUUCCAUUAAAUUUGUGAACAAGAUAUAUCACCCAAAUGUUAAUGAGAUGUCAGGGUCUGUAUGCCUGGACGUUAUCAACCAGUCAUGGAGUCCAAUGUUUGAGUAUUGCAAGCAAUAUGCAAAGAAGGAACAUAUCAGCAACUCCAGAGCGGAAGAAGACAGCGACGAUGAGGAAAUCAGUGUCGAGGGAAGUGAAUCAAGUGAUGACGACGAGAUAGCUGGACAUGCAGAUCCAUAA